UCGACCGGCGUGCACGUUGAGUUGUUAGUUAUCGCGAGUGAGUGUUGUGAGUGAGCAUGUUCGUCCGCGUCGUGGCCAUCCUCGCCACCGCGGCCUUGGCUCUGUCCGCUGCGCCCCCCGAUCCCUGUUACGAAGACGGUCGACCAAGACGCUGCAUACCGGAUUUUGUGAAUGCAGCUUUUGGAAACCCGGUAUUAGCAUCUUCUAUCUGUGGAAAGCGCGAGCCUGAGCGUCUUUGCGAUCCACCUGGAGAUCAGAACCCAGAAAACGCGUGUCGAGUUUGCGAUGCUGCUAGGUCAGAUAGACGGCAUCCACCGGCUCAUUUAACUGAUUUGAACAACCCUCACGACGUGACCUGUUGGCGAUCUGCAGCACUGUCACCGGCAUCCUAUGAUUCGCCACCCGAUAACGUCUCUUUGACUCUUUCGUUGGGAAAGAAAUAUGAACUAACUUACGUCAGUCUUCAGUUUUGUCCAAAAGCUGCGAGACCUGACUCUGUUGCGAUUUAUAAAAGCGCGGACUACGGGAUAACUUGGCAGCCCUUCCAGUUCUACUCGAGUCAGUGUAGAAGGGUAUAUGGACGUCCCAAUAAGGCGACAGUAACCUCGGCAAAUGAGCAGGAAGCUAGAUGCUCAGAUUCUCAUAGAUUAGGCGAGAAUUCUGGUGCAGCUAGACUGGCGUUCAGUACUCUGGAGGGUCGUCCGAGUGCUGCCAACUUUGAUGUAUCACCGGUGUUACAAGACUGGGUGACUGCUACUGAUGUCAGAGUCGUUUUCAAUAGAUUACACAUGGUGAACGAGGGCGAUGAGGUAGAUAACAAGAAGCAGGCGGCGGCGGGUUCGCAGCAUUACGCAGUUUCGGAUUUCGCGGUCGGUGGAAGGUGUAAAUGUAACGGGCAUGCAUCCCGAUGUAUUCCUACGAAGGGCGAGGAUGGACAGACGAUGCAGCUGGCCUGUGACUGCAAGCAUAACACGGCAGGACGGGACUGCGAGCGAUGUAAGCCCUUCCAUUUCGAUCGACCCUGGGGACGCGCUACGGCGAGAGAUGCUAACGAAUGCAAAGAAUGCAACUGUAACGGCCACGCCCGUCGGUGCCGCUUUAAUAUGGAGUUGUACAAGCUGUCCGGUCGUGCGAGUGGCGGAGUCUGCCUCAAGUGUCGUCAUUACACCGCAGGAAGACACUGCCAUUACUGCCGGGAGGGGUAUUACAGGGACCCCACGAAACCUAUCACACAUAAAAAAGCCUGCAAACCAUGCGACUGCCAUCCAGUAGGCGCGAGUGGUAAGACUUGCAACCAGACGAGUGGGCAGUGUCCCUGCAAAGAUGGAGUCACAGGGACCACCUGCAAUCGAUGCGCCAAAGGAUAUCAGCAGUCUAGGAGUCACAUCGCACCUUGUAUACGUAUACCUCGUGUGGUGACAGCAGUCCAAGCGAUGGAGGCUGUGGACGCGGAGCCGGGACGCGCGGAGCAGUGCGGCCGGUGCCGCGCAGGCGCGAGAACUCUAAACCUCAACAAGUUCUGCAGCCGAGACUACGUCAUAAUGGGUCGGGUGGUCGGUCGCGAGGCAGCGGGCGGCGAGGGAUGGGCGCGGCUAGCGCUGAGCGUGCAGGCCGUGUACAAGCGCGCGCCGCGCAGUCGCCUGCGCAGAGGACCCGUCGCCCUUUACGUCCGCAACGUAGACAUCGCCUGCAAGUGCCCCAAGAUCAAGAUUAACAAGUCCUACCUAAUCCUAGGAGUGGAAAAAGAGGGUUCGUCUUCUGGCUUCCCGGGCUUAACGGUCGGAGACAGGACACUACUGCUGGAAUGGCGAGACGACUGGCACAGACGCAUCCGGCGCCUGCAGCGACGCGCGAUUAAUUGUCAUUAGCCAUCCUGGAUUUGAAUGUUGCCAUAGCAACUGUCGAGAUAUAUGCACCCUACAAAAUCGAAUGUUGAAUGGAUCCGUCUAUGUUCCGUGCAAAUAACUGCCAUUAUGCUGUCGAAAUAGUUCACCUAGUCGUUUGUAAGGUCGAUAGAUUUCUAGAUAUAGCUCUCGUCGAUUUGACUCGAUUUUUUAGGUAUGACAACAUUGUCCAACUCUUUGUUUUAUACCAAAAAGUUUUAAUACUUUUUCCCUUCCUAGGAUUUCGUUAUCACUAUGCAAUUAUCAAAGUAGUUAUACUAUAUAACUUUUUGGUUGGUUAAUUUUAACUAUGUUGAUGAUUGUACUAUAAGUGACUUUUAAGAUUAUUUAUUGAAUUAAUAAUGAUAUUAUAGAUACUGAAAUCUCGUUCCAUUUCAUGCAUUUUUGUAUAAUUGUUAUUUUAUAUUGAAAUGCGUAUGUUAAAUAUUGUUUUAGGUACUGGCUACUUUGGCGCGAGAAGUAAAUUUUUUGGCGCGUUUUUUUGACAUUACGAAUGUAUAAUAUAGAUCAUAAGUUUUGAAAGUAAAUCAUAUCCACAGAUAGUCAUAAUGUUUUAACGUACCUCAUUUAUUAAGUACAUGUAAGGAUAGACUAAUUAGGAUACCUUUCUUAUGGCCUAUUUCCGCUAAUUUAUUGAGUUUCGACCACAUAUAUCUUGCCAAAGUAACUUAACGUUCUGUGUACUUAUAAUUUCUCUAAAAAUCUAAAACGAUAAUUAUAAUGCCUCAAAUUGUAUGUACAGUAUUAUUAGCUUUACUAAAAUAGUUUUAACAAUUUACCUUUUGAAAACGUAUACUUUAAAAUCCAUCGGGAUGAUGAAUAAUUUAAAUGGGAAUUCCUCAAUUACUAUGAGCAUAGUGUAUAGAGCUAAAGUACACUCGAGUAAUCAUGUACAAUUGAGACGUCAGAGAUACAGGUACAGUUAGGCACACAAUACAACAAAUCAUCUUGAUGGUUGAACAAUUUACAAUUAUCUAUUGUUGGUGAAUCGGUUCGGUCGAAUAAAUACCGCGCGUUCGUUACUAGAGCAUGCGGAGAUUUUGCUUGCUAUACUGAAUACGUGGCAAUACUUUUAGCUCUAAAAGCUUUCUGCCGUGAAUGUAUACACAAAAAUAACAGUUCUUUCAUGAAAGCGAACAUUAAAAUUAUUUUUAUCUAUGAAUUUUAUAGUCUACGAUACACUAAAAAGUAUAUAUUAUAUGAUAUCAACGACCAUAGAGAACAAGUUGAAGCUUGUAUACUUAUUAUAUAUGUAGAAACAAUAAAGAAAAUUAUGCGUAUAAUAUCUUGCAUAAGUCUCGCAAAAUUAUGCAUUGCUGCCCUUCGUAAACAUGUUAUAUUUUUUUAAGCAAACCGAGCAGUAAUCCUGUAUACGAUAGAUCAAUCAUACGCAUUUGUUUGAAGGUUAAAACUUAGGUCGUGUGGGAUUAUCUCGCCCUCCACAACCUUUUUUCUACUAACGGUACUUUCCUUGCUCUCACCCUAUAUCUAUGGAAAUAAAUAAAAUACUUUUAUUUUGUGAGUCUUUGGUAAAGUGUUUUUUAAUUUUAUGGCAAUAGUUAUAACUUUAUGCCGGUUUCAAGUAAAAGGGCAAAAGAUAAAAUAUCUGAAGUAAAUUUGACAGAAAACGUACUAUAAAAAAAUGUUUCAUCGGCUUAUCUAUAUUUAAUUCUGUAUAAUAUCUUCGCCUCUCUAAUACUUGUAACAUAGUUUACGUUUUUAAAAGUUAAUAAUAAUCGUUUAGAUGGUAUAUUUAAAUGGGUAUAGACUCGCUUGAUCGUAUGAAUUGUAAAAAGUGUAUUUAGUUUGUAGACUGAAUAACAUGUUAGAAAUGCAUAUCUUAGAUUUCUUACUAUGUUUAUUUUACGCGCCAUAUUAAAUAAAACAAUAUGGAAAUAAUCACAAAAAUAUAUUAUGGUAAUUUAAAUUUGAUAUAAGUGUCGCGUAAAAUAAAUAAGUGGUUUAUAUAGUUAGGUGUAUUCUGUGAAUGUUUCAUUUUACACAACCAUAAUUUCGUCAUAGGAAUGCCAGAAUUGCACAUUAAAAAAACAAAAGAAAAAAUGCAAAUUCAGGUGGUUUAGUGGCCGUUAUUGUAUACUCUACGAAAAUUUCGCGCCAAUGCAGACAUUAACAAUUUGAAACUUGACAUAUGACUGAUGUGAAUUUUAGCGUUUCCACAGAAUAUGUCUUAUCCCUCAACGAUAAAAAUAGUACUUAACAGUUAUCAAUAUUUUUCCCAAACUUGUUUGAAUCAAUAAACAAUACAAUUCCAACAUUUUGAAAAACGCACAACAUUGAAAUUAAUCGUGUAAUUCCUUAAAUAAAUUAUUUCAUUUCGGCCUAAUGACACCGUGCUUACUUCGUUUUUAGGUUAUUUAUUUUAAGAAUAUCAAUUUAAGUUAUAGACGGAAUAAUUAGACAGGCCAUCAUUAAAUUGUGAUGAUCAAUCAAUUCAUUAACGAUGCUGAUAAUGUAUGGUCUGUCUAUCAUAAAUAUUUCGCUAUAGCUUUGUGUUUUAUGAUACCCUGCUCCUGUGAUGUAAUAAAUGUUAUUGGUUAUAUUUAUUUAAUUAAAGUACAUUAAUAAUU